AUGCUUGGCCGCCUCUGCUGUUUUGCAGGGGCCACGGCGGCGGUUGUUUCCAUAUGGCAGCGGCGUUCAGGGCGAAGUGCCCAUGCGGAACGGGAGGCCCCGCUCGCGGCUGGCGAGAUCUGCCCCGGAUGCCAUCAGCAGGUGCCUGACUUGAGGCGUCACAUGAAGCGCUGUUGCCCGGAGCAGCUUCCAGAGCGCGCCGUGGAUGAUCUGGAGGCCCGUCGUGCAGCGCGCAAGGCGGCGAGCGAGGAGGAUUGGAUCAGCGAGGAGGAGGUCCGGGAUGCUGCGCUGAAAUCUUUCGCGGCAGUCGAGGAUCCGCUCCUUCGACAAGCUCUGGAGCUGCGCUUCGGGGCAGACCAAGGCGGGCUCCGCCGAACGCCGGCGGAGGUUGCCGAAGCUCUUGGUGGCAAGUAUCGUGGAAAGCCCGAGGCAGCGCUGAAUUUGAUUCGCACAGCCUUGCGGAGCAUUCCGCUGGUGGCAGACGACCCAAAGGAUUUGGUCGUCAUCUAUGAGGAUGAGAGCCUCUUAGCCGUGUCGAAGCCUCCCUGCUUGCGCUGCACGCCUGUCCACAGAUUUGUGGGAAAGUCGCUGACGAGUCAAAUCCUGGGCUACUUCCAGUCCAAGGGCGAAGGCAAGCAGACCUCGCCCAUGAUGCUGCACCGUUUGGACCAGACCACAAGCGGGAUCGUUCUUUGUGCCAAGACGAAGGCGGCGGCUAAAGCUUGUGCUGAGCAGUGGCACGAGGACGACUGCAAGAAGGAGUACCUCGCCAUUGCGCUCGCUGGCGACCAAUGCCAGUUGCAGCAUGUGGGCGCGACCCUGGUGGUUGAUGCUCCAAUUGGGCCCGACCGGCAUUCGUGA